UUGCAGAUUAACUUUACAAAUCAACAACUACUUUCAGCCAGUCUUCUGGGUCAGUAUAAAAUUCGUUAUCCAUGUGACCUUUGUUGCCAAGAUUUUGAUGCUUUUUUAACGCCACAUUGUCGGUGGCGGAACGAGUGGACAAUAUGUGGUAGCGGUGACGAAUUUGACUGGGUACGUGCCAAGAAUCCAUGGGGUGAGGAUGAAGGACUGACUAUAUUUGGGACCGAGGAUACCGCAAAUGGCUACUUUAUUAUGACCGGUACUACAAAGAAAUCACAUCCCGAAUUUUCAGCAAUGCUUGUCAGUGAUCCCAUACAAUGUCAGCAAGGUAUUGAUGUUCGAAAAAAAAAAGUUAACCGCAAGAUAUACCACAGCACUGUUCCAGGUGACGGAAUUUUGUCAUUCAAAUACUGGACAAGCCCCGGAGUCAAGAUUCGAGCUUGCGUUCGAAAACCCGGAGCUGGCAAAAUUUAUGAGUGGUGUGGGGAUGAUUACGUGACUGGUGACCCAGGUCCUGCCAAUAUUACCAUUCCGGGGUCAAUAUUGUAUACUUUUGAGCUAGUCAUUGAAGCCCGCAAUUUCAACUACGACGCAUUUGGCUUUCAAGGCGGAGUAUGUAUUAUUGAUGAUAUAGCAUAUGAAGCUAAAGCCGUUUACAACUGUCUCUUUGAACCCCAUAUCAGUCCCUUAGUUGAACUACCGAUAGAGACCUGCCAGACCCUACAAUGUGCCUUCACUGACGGUGAAUGCUUAGAGGCUAUUACGGGAUCCGGAUGGAAAGUCGCCGAAGAGCCAGUCGGAAAUUACCAUACCGGCAUUCGAAAACUUCUCGAAUCAAGCUACGCUUACGCCCGCGGCACAGGUACCAGAGUAUUUUCUCUGGGCAAAUUCAAAAUUACACGAGAAGCUCAACUGGAGUUCUGUUACUACCGCGCAUCUUGGAAAACAAGAUUAACAAUAUUCCUAACUAAGGACGAAGGAGAAAAUAUAACAAAAAUUUAUGAAAGCGACCCACUGGAAGCUUACCCGCAUAAAUGGAAAUGUGAUGGAGUACGACUUAAAGAAGGGAGUUACGACUCAGUAGAAUUUCGAGGCGAAAAAUUGUUGACCGAACAUAGCUAUUUAGCCAUAGAUCAAAUAGGUCUUGCUGAUCCUCUGAUGGGAACCUCUAUGUGUGAAAAACAAGAGAAAGGCUACAGCAGCAGCGACAACAAAUCUCUAUCCUAA